GUCACAAACCUCUUUCUCCUGUUUUAUUGCCGAGUCCAAUUCCAUCAUUGACUGACUACUACUUCAUUCUCUCUCCUUUCACCCUUUCUCAAGUCUAUAUCCCUUUCAUUUCUUUGAAAAUUUUAUGGCCAAAAAAGUUGGACUCUCCAUUGAUCCAGAUCCAUUUUUUAGCUUAUUAAUUCACCAUAAACCAUUACAAUUAUUCUUCUUCUCAACUCUUUUCUUCAACACAAACACUUCAACUUAGUCUCACAAAAUAUUAUGGAUACCACAAUUAACAACAAUAACAAAAACAAAAACAAGUCUCCAUCUACAACAAUCCCUUUUCAAGUCAACCUUACCUCUUCUAAUGACUCACUUUCUGAUCAUGAUGAAAACAGACCCAUCAUCAAUGAACUUGACUUUUUCUCUACAAAUAACCAUGAAAAUAUUGCCUCUUCUUCCACUUCUGCACCUCCCUAUCAUCAUAUACAUGAUCAUUACACCAAUCCUUCUUCUCUCUUGGAAUUGAAAGUAAACACUAGUUUGAAUCUUCUUACCACCAACGCAAGCAAUGAUCAAUCCAUGGUGGAUGCUGACAUACCAAGUAAUUCAGAAGACAAAAGAGGUCAACUUGAGGCCGUUGUUCUUCAAGGUGAGCUUGAGAGAUUGAAGGUAGAGAAUCAUCAAUUGAGGAACAUGCUCGAAGAGCGCAAUCGGAAUUACAGCACAUUGCAGAUGCAUUUGGUGAGUUUGAUGCAAGAGAGAAAGGUAGAGGAUUGUAAUGAAGAUAAAAAACAAGUAGAGAUGAAACAAAAUGGAAAUGGUGGAUUUUUGGUUCCAAGGCAAUUUAUGGAUCUUGGAUUAGCUACUAAUAAUUCUAAUGUUGCUGCUGAUGAACCAAGAAGUCAAGAUCAGUCAAAAGCAGUUGGAAACAACAAUGAAGAAGGUUCCAAGGAUGAAGCACUUGUGCCUGAUCAUGAUAUGAAGGAAUCUGAUAAGGGAAAUGAACGAGACGAUAGUCCUCCGAAUCGAGUUUUACCUGCUAAUAAUAGUAAUAAUGUUCCAAAUUUUAGUCCUCAAACUAAUGUUGAACAAGCUGAGGCUACCAUGAGGAAAGCACGAGUUUCGGUUAGGGCUCGAUCGGAGGCUGCUAUGAUCAAUGAUGGAUGCCAAUGGAGAAAGUAUGGACAGAAAAUGGCGAAAGGAAACCCAUGUCCUCGAGCUUAUUAUCGAUGCACUAUGGCUCACGGCUGUCCAGUGAGAAAACAGGUACAAAGGUGUGCUGAAGACAGAUCAAUACUCAUAACAACAUAUGAAGGAAAUCACAUUCAUGCAUUGCCACCAGCAGCUAUGGAAAUGGUACAAACAACAUCAGCAGCUGCAAGAAUGCUUUUAUCAGGACCAAUGACAAGUCCUGAUGGCCUAAUGAAUCCAAAUUUCCUCACAAGAGCAAUCCUUCCUUAUUCAUCAAGCAUAGCAACUAUCUCGGCCUCAGCACCAUUUCCAACUGUUACAUUAGACUUAACCGAACCACCAAAUUCAAACCAAUUCCCUAACAAUAAGAACACAAAUCAGUUCCAAUUUCCGUUCGCUCAAAAUUUUGCAAACUCAUUACUACCUCAGAUAUUCGGUCAAACAUUGCUUAACCAAACAACAUUUUCAGGACUUCAGAUGUCACAAGAUGGAGAAAAUUCUCAAUUGGGUAAUCAAUCUCAGCAACAACUUGCUGACACAGUUACUGCCAUUGCAUCUGAUCCUAACUUCACUACAGCAUUGGCAGCUGCUAUUACUUCCAUUAUUGGAGCUGCACAACCAAACAAUGGUAACAACAGUACUAUUAAUAAUGGUAACAGUACUAUAGCCAACAAUAAUAAUGGCAAUGUUACAUCUAAUAACAAUGCCAAUGGAAGCAAUAAAGGCAACAAUCCUAAUUCAUCAGGAAACUAGCUAGCUAGAUAGCUCACAGUGAUAGCUUUUUUUUAAUAUUAGUCUUACAUUUUUUGGAUUUUUUAAUUAUUUUUUCCCUUCAUUAGUUGGGUUCGGAAACGUUUGGACAAGGACGCGACACUGGCUCAUUAUUUUUUUCAAAUUAUUAUUGAUAUGACGUAUUAACGUCGUGUCUAGUGACCUGUGUCUGUGUGAGUGUUUUCAUAGCAAACAAAUAGGUUGAGGUGAAAUUUUCCCAUUUGUUCAACUCAAGGAAAUUUUGAUAUUGGAUCUAUAGUGGAUUUUUUGGCAAUUAUUUAUGUCUCCAUUCAUUAUUAUGCUACCUCUAGGUAUGUACUACGUCCGUGAUAUUUUAUAAGUAAAUUUUAUUUUUUUAAAUUUAUUGUAUAAUUAACGUAUAUGAAUAUAUUAAAUAGUUUAAAUAUAUUAAUUAUUUGCUUAUAAAAUAUGAUGGAGGAAGUAUGCGGAGGUUAUAAUUUAGGAAGAAGUAUAUUG